AUAAAAUUUGCAAACUCUCUCGUGAAUAAAAUUUGUUAAUCAAUUGUGAAUUUCUAUAUUUUUUGAUUCCAAUUUCAUAAGAUUCCAGGCUGUUUUAGUUAUUUCAUCGUCAUGGAUUUUCUCUCAUCAGUUAUAUUGCCUUCACACACAAAAAAUGCAUCUCAGUCGGUUACUGCUCUUGAUGAAUUGAAAACUCCAUCAUCCGAGGUAGCAGAUGCGUGGGACGUUUGUGAUCAACCUUUGGAAUACCAAGAUGCUCAAUUUUCUGAGAGUGAGAUGGAAACUCAAAUGAAAGAGCUGGAAGAUUGCUCAAUUGAAGCCAGUAGAGUAUUCCUUGAAAACUUGCAAAAAUCGUUCAAAUUGAUGAAAUUGCUCCAAUUGACCCAAUCUCUAAAUCCUCAAGAAAGUUCAUACAAUCGAAAAAUAAUUUCCACUGAAAUGAAAAAAAUCAAUGAUACCGUAUCACAGCUGAAGUAUGCUGGUAAACGUAUAGAGAUGAUAAAUGAACACUUGGAGAAACACAGAUUCACUGGAAAAGAUGGGGACGCUUUUUUGGAACCAAAUAUGGAUCCAGUUUUAAUAGCAGAUCAAGCACAAUCAGCACACAAGCCUCUUCUUAUCGGAUCUUUUGAUCCAAAAACUCAGAAAUACAAACCUAUUGGGAGAUUACCGGAUCCCAGGGCUAACUUUGCAGUGGCUUCUUCAAAGACAAACCUUUAUGUAAUUGGAGGAACGCACAACGGACAAUUUCUCAAUAAAUUUGAGUAUUACAAUCAGAAGAAGAACGCUAGAUGUAUGGGUGCAAAUUUGAAUCAUAAACGUACAAAACCAGCUGCUGGUUUUCAUAACGGAGCAUUGUAUGUUGUCGGAGGAUACGAUUCAAUUUAUUUGAGCUCGGUUGAACUGUAUGAUUUGGAAGAGGGAACAUGGAAAAAUGGACCGUCAUUGAAUAAUUGUCGUGCAAAUGCGGCAGUUGUUGCGUGCUAUGGAGAGAUAUUUGUUCUCGGUGGAUUUAAUGGAAAGAGCAAUGAAGAGUCGAUUGAGAAGAUUUCAGCUUCAGGAAACGAGUUUGAAAUUUUUGGCGAAAUGGAAGGAGGUAGAUCCGGAUUUGGAGCAUGUGUGUUCCAAGGAAGAAUCUAUAUUGCUGGUGGAUGGAGUAACACAAGAAAUACAUUGAAAUCAGUGAGAAGCUACGACCCCUAUACAAAAACCUGGAGAGAUGAACCAUCGAUGAAAAACGCUAGGAAAGCAUUCACUCUUCAUGCAACAAAUGAAGCAAUUUACGCAAUUCGAGGAUAUGAUGAAGAAUCUGCUUUACUCGAUCAAAUUGAACGUUUUGAUCCAAAGAAACUUAAAUGGAGUAUUGUGCCUUCAAAGCCACACGUCCCACCAACUAGUUAUAACUAUGAAAAAUAUUAUGCAGAAAUGUCAGAUAAUUAUUCUAAAUAAUCAGUUUAAAUUUUUUAUAGCAAUUUGAAUAGUGAAAUAUGCAAUUAUUGAAAUAAAAUUUGAUUAAAAAAA